AAGCGACCAAAGAUCAGUGGUGAUGCGCGUGAAACAGCGCUGACGGCGGCCACGGCCCGCAAGUGGUCCCUUGUCGAGGGGCGAGAUGCCAUCUAUAAGGAGUACGCCUUUAAGGAUUUCAACGAGGCCUGGGGUUUCAUGGCUCGCGUGGCACUCAAGGCAGAGCAGAUGAACCACCACCCGGAAUGGUUCAACGUCUACAACCAAGUCAAGGUGACCCUGAGCACCCAUGAUGCCGGAGGUCUCUCUGAAAGCGACUUUGCCCUUGCAGACUUUAUGGACGCGGUUGCA